AUCGUAGGGGCCGGUAUGGUCGGCGUGGCGAUCGCGAACGCGCUUCUAUUUCAGAGGAUCGUCUCACAUAUCGCGAUCGUGGAUGCUUUCCCGAAGAAGCUGGAGGGAGAGGGAAUGGAUUAUUGCCACGGCUCGGUGUUCCUUGGCGAUCCGCGAAUCGACUACGACACAGACUUCUGCAUCACGAGCAAUUCGAAGGUGAUCAUACUGGCGGCGGGCGUGCGGCAGAUCAAGGGCGAGACCCGACUGGACUUGGUUCAACGGAAUUCGGAGAUACUGAAGAAUAUUGUACCCACAUUGAUCAGUUACAGUCCGAACGCGAUCUUUGUGAUCGUCUCUAAUCCAGUUGACAUUUUGUCGUGGGUAACGUGGAAAGUGAGCGGAUUACCGGUCUAUCGAGUUAUCGGAAGUGGAACUCAUCUCGAUUCAGCGAGGUUUCGUUAUCUGAUCGCCGAUCGUAUUGGGAUCGCCCCGAGCUCGAUUCACGCGUACAUUAUCGGCGAGCACGGGGACAGUCAAGUUCCACUCUGGUCCGGAGUGAAUGUCGCGGGCGUGCAGUUUCGCGAUAUAUUGCCAAAUAUCGGCCUGGAAACCGACGACGAAAGAUGGUUCGAGGUUUCCAGAGCGGUCAUCAGACUAGGUCCCACGGUGAGAUGUUUGAAGGGAUACUCGAACACGGCGGUUGGUCUUUCGGUUGCAGACAUUGUUGACGCUAUAUUGAACAACACGCAGAGGGUUAUACCUGUCUCAACCAUGAUCCAAGGUCACCACGAUAUCUGUCACGAGACAUUUCUGUCCCUGCCUUGUACUAUCGGGGAGAACGGGAUCACGAAUAUCAUACGAAUGCGUAUUACGGAGUUGGAGAAGAAAUUGUUUCAGGCGUCGGCGAACGUCGUGUACAACGUGCAGAAGGACGUUAAAACGUGA